UCUUGAAAUGUCUAAAGCAAAAAAUAAAGAAGCAAAUACUGAUUUAUUGGCUGUAAUUUUAGAAGCUGCUGAUAAUGAAAAUUACAAGUACACGAAUAAAGAACUUAGAGAUGAUAUAGAUAUGCAAAAAAAAGCUAGAGAAGAAGCACUCAAUGUUUUAGGAAGUACUUCAACAAUACCAACUUCUGAUAACCUUAGGGACCUAAAAUAUAUUACUGCAAUAAUUAUGGAAACGCUCCGUAUUUAUCCACCAGUAUUGCAAGUGCUAUUUCGUACUCCUACUAAGCCAUUAAACUUAUCAAGAAAUAUUACGAUACCGAAAGGAGUAAUGGUUGCAGUAAACUUAUGGCAGAUUCAUAGAGACCCAAAUCUUUGGAAUGAUGUUGAUAAGUUUGUGCCCGAAAGAUUUAUGAAACCUGAAAAAGAGAUAAGACAUAAUUGGGUUCCAUUUUCUAGUGGACCCAGAAAUUG